UUAGAUCAGAUAAGGAAUCUACUGAACUUCGGCGAGAACUUAGAGGAAGUAAUUAAGGAGUUGGUUAGAACAGAGGCUAAGGAACUUCGACGAGAAUGUGCACAAAAAGUUAAGGGAUAUAAACACUCGUAUCUAUUAAAGUUUAAAAAAAAUUGA